UUAUAUAUAGUAUGGAUUGUUUUAAAUGUAUUUUCAUGUGUUUAGUGUACUUGUAUUUAUAAAUACAUGAAUACAUUGUUGGUAUAAAGUAUAUAUAUUGAUGUGGUACAAGUUAUCUAUGCAAUGACGCCCCCUCCCCACCUCGAUGAGAGGGGAGUGGGAGGUCCAUCCUCAUCGGCAUCCACUCGGCAUUCAAGUCAUGUCGAAUCUCCUCAGCACCUUCAGCGUCAGCGUCUUCAUCUUCACGGCUUUGCUCAUCGAACAUACCCUCUGAUGGAUGUAUUUGGCACAGCGGCGUUGGGGCUGUUGGGAGGAGGGGAGGGGCUACGAGAUGAUGUGGGCUGGUCGGCAGAUCAUCUCCAAGGUGACGUGUACCCGGCAUCGGGAUUGGCUCUGGCUGCUGCCUAUCACGACAUCAAGACCCGCCUUGCCAGUCUGGAGAGGGAGAACAGCAGCAUCAAAAGAAAACUCAAACAUUACGAGGUCAAGUUUCCCAUGAUGAGUCCAUUUGGGGAGGAGAGGGUGGGCUUUCCCAGUGAGUCCAUGCUCAAAGACAAUGACAUCAUCCAUCAUCCUGAGACCACCAACCUCCAACACAGGAUCAACUCUCUCAGCCAGGAGCUCCAGAAGAGCAAGGAGAGAGAGGAGCAACUGGAGGAUGUCAUCCAAGCCUAUGAGAAGAUUCACUUGGAGAAAAACAGCGUCCAGAGAGAUCUUGACAAGAUGACAACGCUAGCAGAGCAGCACAUGGAGCAAAUCCGCAGUCUGGAGUCGGCUCUCAGGCAGAGAGAAACGUCCCUGCAAAAACUCACCACUCAUCAAGGUGUUCUCCACGCCAGCCUGCUUGUACCUCGAGAGGGCAGAGGGCCGACACUGCAGAGCUCCUGCAGUCUGGAUGCGCUGUCAGGUGUGAAGCUGCAGCGUCUGGAAGCAGAGCUGGAAGGAGCGCUGCACCGGGCCGAGGGAGCGUCUCAGAGAGAGAAGGAGCUGAGGGCUGAGCUGCAGAGGCUCCAGGAGGAAGUCGCUCAACUACAAGAGGCACACAGAACCAGAGAGGAGUUGGGGCCACACUGUGAGCACUGUGAUGUAGAAUGGAUCAAGAAAGCUGGAGAUGAACAGGUGAAUCUAGCGUUGGCCUACACCGAGCUCACAGAGGAGUUGGGUCGUGUCCGAGCAUUGGCUGCAAAACAGAAGAAGCUUCUGCUGCAGACCCCACGGGAACCUGGCUCUCGUCCUCCUUCGGCAACUCAGCGUGUCUCCACCGCCUCCCCCAAGUCUACUUCCCUGACCCCCGAUAGGCUGAUCCCCUCUCCUCCCCUGCACAAUGGCCCCGCCUCCUACUCUCAUCAACCAACCAGCAGCCAUCUUCGAGCAAAGUUCCAGAGUCGCCGCAGUUACUCUGAGGUUUCUGAGCCAUCAUCCAUCCAGAGAUUCCCAUCCCGCCUGAUGAGGGAGCCGCUAUCCACCUUGCCCAAGCCCAGGUCCUUCUUCGGGGAGACUUAUGGACAGUCCGAAUCCCUGCGUGGGAACUUGAGGGGCCUUGUCAGACCAGCGUCGGCUUGUGGAGGCGACAGAAGAGUCGGAUCAGAAGAAGAUGGGGGGGUCAGCAGUCCUCAUCUUCAUUUGCUGGACUUGGGUUUCCCUUUGACGGCAGAGGAGGUGCAUCACUUCUGUCAGCUGGACCAGCCCACCAUGCUGGUCACCCCCCCGCAGUCAUCAGAUGACGAGGAGGUGCCGCAUGAUUCAAGUACGUAUCUCUCGGCGGCCGCCAGCCCUCCUCCAUCGCUUAGGGAACGAUCCCUCCUCCCUUCCUUCUCGUCUCCCAGGAAACAGCCUCACAGUCCUUCUUCUUCAGCCCCCGAGGGCCAGACCACACUCUCUCGCCAUCUGCCUGCCGACAUGAUGACGGAGCAUGCUCAGUCCUGGCCCUCCAUUAACUUAUGGAUGGAGUCUGAAGAGAGCGCCGUACGAAGCUGUCCUCUUUGUCAGCUGACCUUCCCAACGGGGUAUCCAGACCAUGCCCUCAUAAAACACAUCGACUCGCACUUGGAGAACAGCAAGAUCUGAUCACAUUCCCAUUGCUGUCCUGACUACAAAGGAGCGUGAGGAACCUGAAAAGAACAAUUAUUACACGAUGUGUCAGAAAAGUUCCAGUACUUGAAGUUGGUGCUGAUGUAUCGCUUCUUCAAGCUUUGGUCAAGCUACGGGCUCCUACAUGCAAAAAAAAAAAACAUGUGAGUUGUGACAUAAUGUAAGGUUGUUUGUCAUGUCAAACUCUACGGCCACUUACGUGUGUUUCAGGCUCCAAGUCGUCCAUUUGGCCAACGUGUCUUUCAUGUGUUUUGUUGGUGACACAUUUGGCCAAAAUGGGUGUCAACAUUUUACUGCUUCAUGACCACAACCACUGGAUGUUCUCCACCAACAACCCCCCUAAAUAAAAAGUCAUUAGGGAACGCCAAAAAUCACAUAAAAAAAAAAUCAGCUGUCCACUUGUAACCUACAGACUUUAUCCUGGGAUUACUAUACCGUGUACUUUUUAUCACCAGGGAUUACUGUACAGUGUACUUUUGGAUGGAUAUGGAUGCAGAGCUAGAUGCUGGCUAUCACGUUUAGCAACAAUAUAGGAGGGAAAUACUGUCUGCUUUUUGUUGAUAUUUGUCUUAAUACCAUACUGUAAAUGUUACACACUGAAAUCUAAUUUGGAUUUUCUUUUCAAGAAAUACUAAAUAAAAGCAUCUUUUGUAAUCAAAAAGUAUA